AUGGCCGGCGUGGAACCAAAUGAGCAGGCCUGUCUACGUAUGAUUCGUGAUUUCGCGUUUAUCCAUCGGAAUGUCAACAGUUCAGGUUUUCGACCGCUUGGAACAAUUCUUAGUUUGUUCCCAACGAACCAUGGAGUCGACUAUUGGGUCCCAUUGAUACGUAAAUAUCUCCCCGACGUCGAAGUGGUACCAUUCCGCGAUACGUUUGUGGUAGUUUGGAAAGAAGGAGCCAAUUCGAACUAG